GCUGAAUCAGUUCCAUCCUUGGGAAUCACUUCCAAGGGUCGAGUGAGUCGCAAAGCAUCGGAGAAUCGACUCUUUUUUGGGAUCGACUCACGACCCUUUGUCUAAUAGCCAAUCCUAGCGCAGAAGGCGGGGUUUACUAGAUUGCGGUGGGUUUAAAAAACAACAACUCGGAGGUAGGAAUGGAGGAUGUGAAUGAUGAAAAGACGUAUUUCAAGUCGUUUUCGGAAAGACUUACCCUCGGAAUAACCCGGGUUUUAGAAAGUCUUCCAGGUGUGUUAGAUGUGCGGUUUGUUGAGAAAGAACCUGCAGAGAAGCGCUGUCUCCUGUCAUGGGAGCAAAAGAACAACUGCAUUUUGCCGGAGGACCUGAAAGACUUCUACCUCACCACAGAUGGCUUCACACUUACCUGGAGCUCCAAGUUGGAAAAUGAGCAAGUCCCUGUUGGAUGCAUGUUAAUCAAUAGUCUAGCAAAGCUUCGUCUUCUGGUGCGGUCCAACAUUUACUCCCUCCCCAGUGCGCCAACCUUAGCUGACCUUGACUUUAAGGAUGAAUUUGAAGGAUCAGAGCAACGAGUAGAACCGCACUUUGACUCCCGUAGUCGAAUCUUUGAGCUUGAUCCCUGCGGUGGAAAUGGCAGAGUCUGUCUUGUUUACAAAGACUGCGCUCCAGAUGUCGUGGCUGAGCAAAGUGAAAUAUGGCUCCUGGACCGGUCUCUAUACUGGCACUUUCUCACAUCCUCCUUUACUGCAUACUACAGGCUCAUGAUUACACAUUUAGGGCUGCCAGAGUGGCAGUACACCUUUACUCCAUACGGGCCCAGUCCACAAGCCAAGCAAUGGGCAUCUCUUUAUCAACCUCUUACAUUCCAUGGUAACUCCGGUAUGCCUUCUGAAGCAUUCCUGAACAAGCUGGACCCAGACAAUGCAUUCCGUGGCAAAACCAAGCCUCCUGCUCCCAAAAAGAAGCAGCCCAGCCAAACACCAUCAAGUGGAGGUCCUGCUAAAGGUCGGGGAUCGAGGGCAGGCAAAGCGUGAAGAGACGCAUGGCAAAUAGAGCUAGAAUGUUUUAUUUGAACAUACUUAAAAACUUGAGUUGAGUGCAAUAUUUUAGUUGUAGUGCAUAAACACUGAGGUCAGACUAAUGCAAAGUGUUGAAGCAUCAGAUUCUGUCAGUGUGAAAAAUGAAUGAUGGAAAACAUCCAUUUUACUGCAGUUUCACUGCAAGCUGUCUUUCUUUUUUUGAAACUUAAAUCGAUUAAAUUGUAUAUUGCAUCACUGUUGAUUUCUCAAAACAGAUGGUGCUGAAUCAUUUUCCAUAACAUCUCUGGCAGUAGUUCUUGUUGUAAUAUAAAUCAAAGUUCAUAUUGCAUUAAUGUGCAUGUUGUAAUAUAUUAUUGUUUCUAUAACAACUAUUCAGCCAUGUAAUCUUAUUUUGCUAAUCAACGGAUAUACUAUUCAAGAAAGAAAAACUUAGAAUCAUCGAGACUUCAAGACAGAGGGCUUUGGAUUUUGUAACAUGUCAAACGUUUGCAAUUUCUGUCUAAUUAACUAAAUUAAGAGACAGUAACAGCUGGUGGCUAGUGAGGGAAUGACUUUCAAUAAUGAAUCCAGCCUUGAAACUUGAAAAUGUUACCUAAAAUUUGAAGAAAAAACUUUAAUCAUGUAAAUAAAAUAGAAAAUGUUGCCCCCACAUGAUGUAUAAA